AUGGGCGCCACCGAGGAGGAUUACAACUUCGUCUUCAAGGUGGUGCUCGUGGGCGAGUCCGGCGUGGGCAAGACCAACCUGCUGGCGCGCUUCACCCGCAACGAGUUCAACCACGAGAGCCGCACCACCAUCGGCGUGGAGUUCUCCACGCGCACCGUGCUGCUCGGCGCCGCCGCCGUCAAGGCGCAGAUCUGGGACACGGCCGGGCUCGAGCGCUACCGCGCCAUCACCUCGGCGUAUUACCGGGGCGCCGUGGGCGCCYUGCUGGUCUUCGACAUCACCAAGCACCAGACGUACGACGCCGUGGAGCGCUGGCUCAAGGAGCUCUACGAGCACGCCGAGGCCGCCGUCGUCGUCAUGCUGGUGGGCAACAAGACGGACCUGGCGCAGGCUCGCGAGGUGCCCGCCGAGGAGGCGCGCAUGUUCGCAGAGCGCAACGGGCUGCUCUUCGCCGAGACCUCGGCGCUGGACGCCACCAACGUGGAGCUCGCCUUCGAGAGCGUCCUCAAGGAGAUCUUCAGCAAGGUGCAGAAGCAGAAGGAGCGUGGCGGCGCCGCCGGCACCGUGGAGCUCGGCGGGGAGCACGCCGGGAGCGCGGCGCCRGCACGGCCGGAGCGGCGGCCCUGCUGCCUGCCCCUCUGA